UAGCUGCCGCCGCGCCGCGUGCCUGCGAAGCUGGUGUGUUACGCCGAAGGGCGGUUAUACCGGCUAUACUGAUACAGAUCGGAUUAUAUUAUUGUCAUAGCACGUAUACAAGACGUUUUUCUGAGACAUGGAUCUUGAAGACAACAGCUUCUUAAACCCCCGAAACAGUUUCAACUCGGAAGCUAGUGGAGACUUGGAGGAAAUCUUCACCAACCUUGACCGGUCAGGGAGCGGGUUCCUCGAAAAAUCCGACUUCGAGAAUCUGUGUCAGAAUCUAGAACUCGACGGGGAAGAAGUGGAGGCAGUUUUUAGAGAACUGGACAAAGAUGGCGACAGGAGGAUCAGUUUGCAUGAGUUUACGGACGGACUGAAGCAUGUGGAAGUGUUUAUCAGACAGAGAGCGGUUUCGUCGCCUGCUGUCACGGGUAGAACUUCGAGCCCAGUGACUAGGGAAGCUUGGGGCCUGUUCAGCCACAGAUCCGGAAGAGACCUCUUCUUACUGCCAAGCCAGGACAAUGUUUGCGAGUUGUACCAGCAGCUUCACGGCUCGGCCACGCACCUCCUGCCUCAGUUCGAAACCGUCGUGCUGUCCAUCAUCAAGGACUACAGAAGCCACCAGACAGAGAUAGACAGACUAGAGAAGUCACUAAAGAGAGCCAAUGAGACGCACGAGCAGCACCUACGUCAGAUGGAGGAGGAGAUGGACCAGCAGAUCAGCAGAGCGGAGGAGAAGUGUAGACAGCAGGAAAAGGAGCGUCUUGAACUUGACCUUGAGGAGGAGAGAAGAAGAUGGGAGGCGGAGAAAGUGGAGCUGCAGGCGUCAGUCAAGAAACUUCAGAAGAUGGAGGCGAACGCGAGAAAAGACAAGAGUAAAGAAGACUCCGUCGGCAACUUGAAAAGAAAACUGGAAAACCUCAUGCAGGAAAACCGGAAGUUAAAGAGCAGCCUAACAGAAUCCAACACGAACGCCGCGGUGCUGAAGUCCGAACUGACGCAGCUGCAGGCCGAGUUCGAGGAGAAGUGCGAGGACUUGGACAGGUGGGAGAGAAAUUCGCUGUUGGAUUACGUCACAGAACAACAGAGCCUGUCCAGACAACUGGAAAUGCUACAAAACACCAACAAGAAGCUAAACGACACGAACGACAGUCUGAGAGAAUCCCUGGGCAGGGGAAAGAGAAGCAGCAACAGACCGUCCCGGACGCCCUCCCCCUUCCUACAGAGAGACCGGGACGGGUCCGUCAUGAGCGACUACAUGAUGACACCGGAACCGGAUAUGAGCCCUGAACUGCUGAGGAGCCUGCGAGGCAGCUUCUCGUCGCUAGAGGACCUCACAGCCUGCGAUCCUGGCAAGCGGAAGUGCAGCAACGAUAUCGACAGCGGCCACUCCACCAUGAAGGAUCCGGAGGAGUCCGAUAACGAGUUUACGCAGAGCACGGCAAUUUCCGGACUGGGAAAACAUUCCGGAACGGAAUCGGAAAUAGACGACUCUAAAACGGAGGCUCCUGACUCCCAGGACGAGGCGAUGGAGUCCGAAGGCGAGGCUGACUCUCAGCUGGAGCACAGGCACAAAGGUCAAGGUCGCCAGGCGGUCACGACGGUACAGAGACAGCACAGUACACGGGUGCUUCCACAGGCGCCCAGAAAGAUUGUGUCGGCCGGAAACGUCGCGCACGUGGCGCCCAGCAGACAGGUCCCGCCUGUGUCGGCGUCGUCACAGGUCCUGUCCAGCACGACCGCUCCUGCCGACCAGAAGAUGUUUAAGGUUGUUUUGGCGGGAGACGCGGCCGUGGGGAAAUCCUCCUUCAUUCUGCGGCUGUGCAAGAACGAGUUCAGGCCAAACAUGAACUCCACACUAGGAGUGGAUUUCCAGAUGAAGACGAUGGUGAUCGACGACACGCCGGUGACCUUGCAGAUCUGGGACACGGCGGGGCAGGAAAGAUUCCGGAGCAUCGCGAAGUCGUAUUUCCGUCGUGCUGACGGCGUGCUGUUGUUGUACGACUGCACAUACGAACCGUCCUUCGUGCACGUGCGGGAGUGGGUCGACGCCGUCGAGGACGGCGCCCCCAGAACCCUUCCCAUCAUGCUUUGCGCCAACAAACUGGACCUGCGCAAUGACGCCAUCAAGAGCGGCCAGAAGGUCAUCCUCAAAGGUCACGGAGAGGAGAUGGCCAGAGAGCACGGCGCGCUGUUCUGUGAGACGAGCGCGAAGGAAGGAGACAACGUGCAGGACGCAGUGGAGAAACUCAUGAGACAAAUGAUGCAGAUGGAUUCAGACGAGACGAGAUCCAACAUCCUGGACCUGAACAAGAAGGAGGAGAAAAAGUCCAAAUGCUGCGGAGGGUCAUAGCCACUGUGGCCCACAUCGACAAUCUGCCGGGAUCACAACUAUUGUAGAGCACAGGGACAUAGUCUGGCGAGAACUGUAACCACCGUGGAAAAUAAUGACAAUGCUGCGAAUGAUCGUAACUACGGUGGCCCAUAACUACAAUAAUGCGGAGGAUCCUAACUACGAUGGCCCAUACCUACAAUUCUG